AUGAAGGUAAAUGGCAAAAUGGAGAUCCAGACGGUGAAGAAAUAUUUUCCCAAGAUUCAUCCAACCAGCUGGACCAAGUUUGGAAACGGUUCCCUGACGCCAGAGGAAGCCGCUUCGCUUGGUACUGGCUGA